CUUCGAUCCCCGUAAGGAUUACGAUUUCAGCUGGGUCAAACGCAUGCAGACGUACAGACCUUUGUUCCAUGCGAUUACUCAUACUUAGAGACUAACUUGAUCUCCUAUUCUUUGGGCUUUUAUCGACAUCAUCGGCGCGUUUGGAAGAUGUUUGGAAGCGCCAUAACCUGGAGUGCGCUCCUAUCCACGUCCUUCGCCGCCUCUUGCUGGAGGGACACCAUCUGCUCAACCCAGACGGAAGCUUCUUUCCCAGGACGAUGGGAGGCAAACAUAUAUUCUCCACAGUCUAGGACAUUAUCUCCCCAAUCUAUAUUGAUUUCUUCCGACAAAGGCACUGAUUCGCCUUACAGCACUGAUGAGAAGACAUUGUUGAAUCGGUCAAGGUCCGAAGCAGUUUUCGAUUUUGGAAUCGAAGCCGGUGGGGUAAUAGCUUUCGACUACGAAUCGAAGGGAGGCAACUCCAGGAAAUUUGGCCUUGCCUUCACAGAGGCCAGAGAUUUCAUAGGCCGCGUUGGCGAUAGCUCACGAGCUGACAGUAAGAAGGAGCCUGGUGAUGGUGCAUUACUUGUGGAUGCAACGAAGGGCAGCGGUCACUAUGUCCUACCAACCGCGCAGCUGAGAGGCGGCUUCCGCUAUUUGACCGUGUACCUGGAUUCUGCUCUUCAAGAUAGCAGCUUCGUGAUUUCUAAUGUUACUGUCGAAAUCAGCUUUCAGCCGACGUGGUCAAAUCUCAGGGCAUAUGGGGGCUAUUUCCACUCUAACGAUGAGCUCCUGAACAAGAUAUGGUACGCUGGCGCAUAUACGGUGCAAACUAAUUCCGUGUCUGGCAGCCACGGUCGCAACUCUGUCAAAUCGGGUGAGGCCGGGUGGAGAAAUGAUGCGUUCAUAACGAAGGGUUCAACCGUGCUCCUGGAUGGUGCAAAGAGAGAUCGAUGGGUCUGGGCAGGAGACUUAGGGGUCGCGGUUCCCAGCGCUUUCGUAAGCUUGGGAGAGCUUAACAGCACAAAAUAUGCACUUCUCUCUGUGUAUGAUAACCAGCGAUCAUCCGAUGGCGCAUUGCCUAAGGCUGGGCCACCUUACGUGAAGUAUGACAGUGAUGCUUACCAUCUCUGGGCUAUGGUCGGUGCCUACAAUUACUUUCUUUACUCGGGAGAUGUCGAUCUUGUUGAAUCGAUAUGGCCAAAACACCAAGCAGCACUUGGCUACGCCUUGUCCCUAAUCGAUAAUUCGACUGGCGUUGUCAAGGUUCAGCAGUAUCGUGACUGGGGAAGACUUACGUAUGGCGAUCUACGUUCCUCGGCCAGCAUGUUAACCUAUCGUGAGAGGGCAGCUACGCUCAAAAAUGCCAUCAUGGAGCAGUUCUGGGAUGAGAAUAAGGGUGCUUUCACCGAGAAUCCUAAGAAUAGUAGCCUUUACCCGCAAGAUGCGAAUUCAUUCGCCCUGUCUUUUGGAGUAGUGUCUUCCGGAUCGAACGAAGCGGCCCGUAUCUCGGAUUAUCUCGCUUCUAGGUGGACGCCAGUAGGACCGUCAUGCCCAGAGCUUCCAGAAAAUGUAUCGCCGUUCAUCUCGAGUGUCGAACUCAGUGCGCAUGUGCGGGCGGGACGACCUGACCGUACCAUAGAUUUGGCACGAACGCUCUGGGGGUGGUACUUGAACAACGAGAACGGAACGCAAUCAACUGUCUCCGAAGGUCACCUUGUGGAUGGCAGCUGGUUUUAUAGAUUUAACAUGGGCUACGCGAACCCAUCGUACAUGUCCCACGCGCAUUCAUGGAGUAGUGGGCCUACGUCCGUGUUGACGGAACAUAUUGUUGGACUACGGGUGACAGAACCUGCUGGUGAAUCCUGGGAAAUCAAACCUGUUGUCGUUGAAAGUAUUGAUGCCGCAGAGGCGGGAUUUACUACCAAGCUAGGAAAGUUUUCCGCGAAAAUUGAGAUCGGGGGAGGCAACAUUACUAUCGAAUGGGAUACGCCUAGUGAAACUAAGGGCAACGUGGUUAUUCCUGACCAGGAGCCCCUAAAGGUAAAUGGAGGGAAGGGCAAGGUCACUAGGAGGAUCAACUAG